AUGCCUGAAGAAACCGUGAAUGUAGCUGCGCUGGGUCGACCUUUCACCCUGGGGAUGCUGUAUGACGCUCGGCAGGAUAAACUAAUCCCAGGUUUCAACUUGUUGGAUCACAAAACUCUACAAGAGAACACAACUGAAACCCCUAAUCCCAGCAGUGAGUUUCAGAUUACAGCAUCUGACUCCAUUGAAUCUAAGUCUUUUUUGCUGGAUGUUGAUGCUUCUCUGAAGGUCAGUUUCAUGAGUGGACUGAUUGAAGUUGGAGGAUCUGCCAAGUACCUGAAUGACCAGAAGAAAUCCAAGAAUCAGAGCAGAGUGACGUUUCAGUACAAAACUACCACCAAGUUCAAGCAGUUGUCAUUGACUUCUCUUGGAAACACACAAAAAUCAGAUGUUAUUAAGAAAGGUCUUGCAACACACGUGGUCACUGGCAUCCUUUAUGGAGCAAAUGCUUUCUUUGUAUUUGACAGUGAGAAGUUAGACACUAGCAGUGUUCAGGAGAUCCAGGGCAGCAUGAAAGCUGUGGUAGAGAUGAUUCCAUCAUUUGAUGUUGGGGGGAAAGUUUCGAUCAAGCUGACUGAAAAAGAAAAAGACCUAACAAAAAGAUUCUCCUGCAAAUUCUUCGGGGAUCUCAUUCUUGAAAGCAACCCUGCAACAUUUGAAGAGGCAGUGAAGACCUAUGUAGAGCUUCCAAAGCUACUGGGAGAAAAUAGAGAGAAUGCUGUUCCACUGAAGGUCUGGAUGAUGCCGCUGAAGAAUUUUCAUUCCAAAGCUGCUGAGUCAAAGGGUGAGAUCAGCAGUGUAAUAUUGAAGAAAGCUGAAGAUACUCUAGAAGAUCUUAGGCAGAUAGCAAUGAGAUGCAACGAUUGUCUGGCAGACACAGUGUCAAAGAACUUUCCAAAGAUUCACAAAAAUCUGAGAAGUUUCCAAACACAGUGUAAUAAUUACACAUCUGCACUUCAGCAGGCCAUGGCGAAGACACUUCCCUCCAUCCGUGAAGGCAAAGAAGAUGAGAGCUCACUGAUGAAACUCUUGGAAGACAGAGACAAGUCACCGUUCAGUCAUGAAAAAUUAAGCAAGUGGCUGGAUCACAAAGAGAGAGAGAUCAAUGUCAUUAGGUCCUGUGUAGACAUGAUGGAGGGAACAAACACAAAGAUAGUUCCAAAUCAGUCAGAGUUGGAUAGAGAGGUUCUUGCUCCAGAUGUAGAAGAUACUCUGUGCUUUGUCUUCACCUCUGUGGAAAGUGAUGACCCCUGGCUUAAUGUGAUGACUACACACUACUGCUCAAAUGAAGUGUUCACCAAAAUGAGAAAUAAAGCCAAAGCUUUCCAUGAUCUUGCCAAACUUCUCAAGAACAGCAGCAGUGUCCGUUUCCUUGCAACGGCCAUAGCAAAUGAGAAACACGAAGGAGCGACCAUCUACCAUUACAAGGAGGGCAUUCUGGUCAAUGAGGAUUUUUCAAAGCCUGCCGUCCCUCCUGUGGAGAAGAUCACAGACAAAAGUGCUUUAAUGUGGUAUGCCUGUGAUCUCUCCCUGGACCCAAACACAGUAAACAACAACCUUAUUCUAUCUGAUGACAACAAGAAAGUGGCACGAGGAGCAGAGCAGGACUAUCCUUAUCACCCAGAGAGGUUUGAGGUUUCCUAUCAGGUGUUGUGCAGAGAGGGGCUGACUGGGCACCAUUACUGGGAGGUAGAAAUGAGUAAUGGUUAUAAAGAAGAUAAAGCUAUAGGUGUCGCAUACAACCAAGUUGUCAGGAAAAACGAUGGUAACAAAUUUUUAGGAACUAAUGAUAAGUCAUGGUGUUUUGGUGUCAAUAUGGGUCGAAAUGUACCAGCACUUUUUUCAGGGCAUGACGGAGCGUUUUACCAUUACCCUCUUCCCUCUACUGUCGUUAAACGUGUCGGAGUGUAUCUGGACUGGCCUGGUGGCACUCUGUCCUUUUACAAUGUCUCCUCUAACAAACUGAGUCACUUCUACACCCACACAGCUAAGUUCGCACAGCCUCUUUACCCUGGCUGCUACAUUCACGGUGAAACUGGCUCUCUGUUCUUUUGCCCUGUUGACUAA